CCUGUCUUUGUUAAAUUAAUUAAUAGUUUUACUAAUAACACAUAUAAUAACUGGGUUUUUAACCAUGCAAAUAUUCAUUGACGACUCGUUUGAUCAGAAUCCCAAAUUAAUUCAGAUUUGGCCUGAAAAUAAAAUAAAAUGGACUUAACCUCACUUAAUUUAUUGUUUAUUGUUUUUAAGUUAUAGUUCAGCUUUUCUAUUAUCUAUAUAGAAUUAUAUUAAGUAGUUUAUCUUUACCCAAUUCAGUUCAGCACAAAAAAUAUUAAGUGAACUUUUCAAGAGAAAUGUAUUUUUUAUAUUUGUACUUAGGUGCUUGUUAACUAAAGUUACCACUUUGCCUCUACCUCCGAUGAAACUUUCCUCAGACCAUGGCAAAAGCUGAAGAUGACUUUUGGAAUGCCAGCAGCCACUCUGGAUUCAAUUUUGAUGAUGAAGAUGAUUUGACCGAUGUUUCUUCGGACAACACCAUUUUUAGCUCCUUAACGGAAAUUUCAUCUCAAGUGCCUAUUCAUGCUAUUAUUUCCAAGACAAAUCUGGACAUGGUGUUGGAUGAUAUUGAGUCCACACUUCCUGUUUUGGUGCCUCAAGUAGAAGACACUGUUAAAAAAAUGCUAAUAGGCCAUAAUUACAAUCUCAACUGUUAUGUUAAGUUUAGUGACAAAGUUUUGCUGCUGGACAAAGCCUUGGAGGCAUGCGACGGGUCGGUUAUUUUAAAAGUAUUGUUAUAUUUGAAAGCUACGCUAAAACCCAACAUAUUUUAUCUCCAACUGUCGAAACGGAAUGGAGCGGUAAACCACUAUGCACAAUAUUUGUAUAUGAGAAAUAGAUUGCAGGAAAUAAUUGACCUUUAUAUGGCUACAGGAAAUACGUCAAGCUUGAAAUCUGUUUACUAUUUGGUUGGGCAGGGAAUCACUAAUAAAGAGCUGCUGCAUCGAAAACUUGAUCAAUUCAUAAUGGAGAAUAUGCAAAAGAUUAAUUCAAGCGAUGAUAAAACUGAGAUAUAUGACUAUCUGCAGCUGACGAAAUUCCAGGUGGACCAUAAAUUUAAUUCAAAUUCUGUAAUUACGCAACUGGCUGAACUUUGCAAGCAUGAACUGUCGACUCACACAGGAAUGAGUAGAUUGCAGGAGUAUAAGAAAACUUUUCGGAUAGACGAAUUAACAUUUGAUUGGACAUUGAUGAAUGUGUUGGCUUCAAUGAAGCUGUGGAUGCACAUCAACGAAUCAUUUGUUAAAAACAAUUGGUUAACUAAGAAAAAUACUCUAAAAACGGCACUCUCCCCGGAAAUUUUCUUAACCGGGCUUUAUAGACACAAUCCACCAAGAGAUAUUCUAGAGACGCUGUUAGGAUGCAUAUCUGACUCUGACAAGGCAUAUGCGCUGGCAAAUAAAUUGCAGUGCCAUACUUAUAUUAUUCAGUAUUUCUUGAAUCAAAGAGAUCGACUGGCCUUACUGAACUAUAAAGGGAAAGUUGCUUACCAAAGCUCUGACUAUUACUUAAUAGAAAGUGCCCUGCAGUAUUCAGAAAAGAAAUGGAGGAACUAGAGCUGUGAAUUUAAAUUGCUAUUACUUUUUACGGUGUCUCUACUAAUAUUUUUUAUAUAUUUUAUAGAAUUUAAUCCGUUGAAAUAAAACGUAUUUAUCAAAUAA